GGAUAAUGAUUGCAUAAUAUUUUUAGAAUAUGAUGCAUUAAAUCCGAACCAGGAAUCGCUAACAAAUUCACCAGAGGUUUUUCCUUUUUCUUCGCGCGUUUUCUCGCAUUUCGCGUUCGCCAAACCUAAAAAAACCUCUGGGCCAGGGUAUAGGAGCACCUCCUCCAGUAAUAUAGUAUAGCUCAGUGGCUCAUUCCGCAUCCCCACGCCAUUCCGCAUUAUUCCACGGCCAUUCCGCGUUUUCACAUUCACCGGAAAACAACACCUUCGAUAAACAUUGUUGCGUUCAAACAUUCGAUAUUCGGUAUGAAAAUGUUGUGUGCUUUUAUUUCGCUAUUUUCUUGCUUUUUCCUUGUGGUUUCAGCCCAGGAUGUUGCUUGUCCAACUGGAGCUUCGUCUGGCUGUACAUGUAGCAAGAUUUUGGAUGAUCUGAAAGUUGAAUGUAAAGACAACGACCAAAUUACUGACAUACCGGCAUGGAUACCAAACAAUACGAACAGACUGGAGUUUGAAAAUUGUGAUAUUCGCAUCCUAAAUCGUGACAGUUUCAAGAAUCUCGUCAAUCUAACUAAUAUAGAAAUAGUCAAGCAAAGCCGUCGUCUUACCUUUAACGAUAGUUCGGUUUUUCAAGGCUUGAAUCGUUUGUCUAAAGUCGUCUUCGAUGAUAAUAAUAUUGCCUCGCUCCCAGCUGGCUUGUUUGCCAAUCUACCAAGUUUGGAGACACUUGGGCUUAACGAUAAUCCAUUACCAACUUUGCCUGAUGAUUUGCUUCAAAACUCACCAAAUGUUCAAACUUUUAACCUUGCGAAUACAAAAUUAGAUAAAGAUAGUAUUACAAAGAUAGGCGAAGGACAUUUCGGUAAAAAUAUUCAGACUUUGUGGAUCAGUGGCACAUACAUUCAACGUUUGAAGGAUAGCUUGUUCACUGGCCUACCAAAACUGAAAGCUUUAUCAAUUGGUAAUUGUGGAAUUAACUUUAUCGGGGCAGAUAUACUAAAAGGAACUGAACUUGGCAGUAUAAUUCUUGAUGGUAACCCAAUCCAAUCAAUUGACGAGAAUGCUUUCCGGGAUUCCAAAGUGACUGCAUUUCAAUGUAAUGGAUGCCAACUGACAUCCAAUGUUACAUUUAAUGGAUUUCUGAAGAAAAUGCCAGCGCUGUACAGCAUUAACCUUCAAAAUAAUAAUCUCACUCACGUUCCAAAGAAUGCGUUUACUGACCUAAGAGAUCUGUCUAUAAUUGACUUAUCGAGUAACUCAAUUGCAACCAUUGAAAGCAAUCCUUAUGCUGACUUGCCAAAAUGUGGUACUACAACAUGUAUACAGCUUGAUAAUAACCCGUUCAACUGUGACUGUAACCUGGCUUGGUUACGAUCCUUUGCCAACAACAUUGAAGGUAACAAAACAUCCUGGAAAUGUGCUGGACCACAGAGUGUAGCUGGGAAAAGUUUGGUGUCACUUGAAAUCAAUGAGUUUUGUUGUGAAAGUGUGAAAUCGACAAAGUGUGGUUUGCCUAACAAUGGGUGGACUGUUUCUGCUCAUAUGAUGGUAGCUAUCCUGUCUCAGAUUGUGGUAAUGUUUGGUAUUCCUUUACUUUUUGCAUGACAUUUUUACAUUCUGCUACUUUAAUCAGAGUUUCAUACUACUAUCCUGCUUUAUACAAAAUGUAUGGUUUCUGGAUACUGUUUGUCUUUGAAUUUUUAUUUAAUUUUAACCUCAAAGGUUACUCUUUAGCCAUUGUAUAGAUAUGUACUGUAGACCCAUUGCAGCUACUGAAUCUUCGUGAAAUUUUCCUAUUAUGAACUUUAGCAACUAUAGUUCCCUUUACUGAUUGACGUACAAUUUAUUUCACAACUAUGAAAGAUGUGGAUCCAGGAUAAAGCAGAUUCUGGUGACCACAAAACAAAAGUGAUUCUCAUUAACCCAUUCAGUUGCACUGUGCCUCAAUGCCCCCUAGCUUAUUAUUUUAUUCUGUCUAUAAAUGCUGGACUAUUUUAAUCAGUCUAAGUCGCCAGAUGAUUUUACUCGUCAAAAGGCGCUGACGCUGAUUUUGAUAUUGUUACAGCUGAUUUCACAUAAUUUUUCCCUAAAUGUUGCAAACUUUGUUGCAGGGGGGGGGGGGGUUGCACACCCCAAACAUUUUUCACCUCAGAAACUUUUCUCACCCCUCACGACUAGAGAAAUUGCACCCCCCCAGAAAUUUAAUUGCUGCUAGUGUGAUUGAAAUAGCAAUUUUGAACUAAGUAUGUAAGACUAAAGACAGAGGUGUAACUUAACACUUGUCCGGAGCAAGUGAAUAUCAUGACGGGCAAGUAAACGUUUUGUUUUGCUUAUAGGUACCCCAUUGGGCAAGUUGCCUUGCCACAAAAAGCUGGGUAUCUUUAAUUAAGUUUAUGUUUUCAUUGUCGGAUAUAAUUUUUUUAUAGUGCAUGUAAUUCAUUCAAAUUUUGUUUUUCGUGGGCCAAAGCUAGAUCUGAGGUAGAGUAUAACACAGCCAUAUAGAGCAGUGGGAGAAUGGGUCGACAUGUUGUCCCCUUAAUUUAUACCCCCUACCUAGGUACCCCAGUGGCCAUUGUCUGAUGACAAGUGAAUUUUAUUCAGGGCAACUAAUUUUCAUGUCCAACUUGCCCUGAUGGCAAGUGGUCAAAAAGUAAACUAAGUUACACCACUGCUAAAAACAAGGAUUCUGGACUAAAUAAGGCCAAAAAUCUCAAUUGCCCCUACUAGGUGCUUUAGCAACAGUGCCCCCCAGACCCUGGCUGCAGCUUGUUCGGCGGCACUACACACCCCAUCACUCACCUCCCCCACUAAAUUUUUGGCACCUCCCCCUGGGCAAAGUCUGACAAUCAGUCUAUGACCUACUGUACAGCACAGCCUUGAACCUACUGUACUGUUGAAGGCAAAGUCUGUCUGCCAGAUAAACUGCAAUGGGUCUAUACUGUAAGAGGGUUUCAAAAAUACAGUAUGUGACAACUCCAAUAAGAAAGAAUGCCUUUGUUGGUGGUCGUUUGGUUGAGGAGCUGUUCUAAGAAAGCUGGAUAGUGCUAUCAAAUACCGUGGUGAUUUUAAGUUUAAAUUUUUGUCUCAAAGAUUUUGAAACAUGGGUAUGGAGCUUACAAUAAACAUAAAAAAACAUCCUUUUUUUAAAUACCAGAUUUAAUUUUUUAUGGGUCUAUUCUGCCAAUUUGAGAAAACUUGAAAAGAUCACUAUUUGGUGAAUAGCACUAUUCGGCCUUCUUAUAACCGCUCCCUGGGUAAUAGUGUUGUUUUAAUUAGUAUACUACAUUAGAUUCAACUAGUUAGAGGUCUAGCAAGCGCGUAUCUUAGGGACCGGUCAUAAAGUAACUGCUAGGGUGGGCUGGAGUGAUUUGGGAUGGGCCAUGGAAAAUCUUUGGGCAGUUUCGAUGGGCCGCCAAUUUUUUUGUAUGUCCACGGAUGGACCACCAAACAAAAACCCAUGUUAAUUAUAUAUUAUAUAAAGAUAUUAAAUUAAUAAUAAAAGUAAGCAAAACUAUCCAAAUUAUUAAAUGCAAAUGAUGCUAUUGAAGCCAGUACUUUGUUUUAUACAACAACAAGAAGUAGUCGAAUCACAGUUAAUUGUGCAAUUAUGUAUGUCAAUACAGUGCUGGUGUAUAUUUACAAUGUUCAUACCUGCAUGUUUUUUUUGUUAUAAAAGUGUAUUUUCCCAAUUUAGAUUGGGUGGGUGGGUCAUGAAAUAAAUUUGGUAAGAUUAGAUGGGCUUUCAAAGUUUUAUCUACAUCCUAAGAUGGGUCAGCAAACUUAUUGGAAAAAUUUGUGAUUUACCUCCAGCCCACCCCAGCAGUUACUUUAUGACCAGUCCCUUAGCCUUAUAGGAAUGGUUUAAUUUGUGGAAUAUUGUUUGGGUUUUUAAUACCAGUAUAAAUAUUGAUUCAGAUGAUAUUUAAUAACUUAUCUUUUAUUCUAAAGGUGUAAAAUUCUUCUAUUAUAUAUAAUAAACAUAUACUCAAUAAUGUUUCUUAUGUUACUCUGAGUGUUUAUCCACACCGGGCAAGCUGAAAAGUUAGUUUGACCACGGUGGGAAUCGAACCCGCGACCUUUGGGAUACUAGUCCAAUGCUCUGCCAACUGAGCUACGAGGCCGAGUCGGUUCGAGUGUGUGGUAUUUCGGAACUAAGUCUAGUACCAAUGUGUUCUUAUGAUCAUUAUAUUUUUUGUGUGUGUUUUGAUGUUAUGUACUCAGG